AUGGUGUUUUUGGCAUGUGUGAUACCACAAGCCAUGCCACAGUUUGCUAAUGCAAAAAGAGCGUACGAGAGAUGGAUUCAAGAAUUUAGGUGUGUCUAUCGAAAUAAUAGAAGUUGUUGGGCAUUUUCUUCAAUAGCAGCAAUAGAAGGAAUUCUCCAGAUAAAAACUCAUAAAUUGGUGGAAUUUUCUCGGCAAGAACUUGUCGACUGCGAUGCAUUGAGUAGUGGAUGUACUACUGGUAGAGUGGCAUACACAUUUCAGUAUGUAAUGAAAAAUGGAGUAAGGGCUGGAAAAAAUUAUGUAUACAAAGGUCAAGCUGGUAAAUGCGAUGACAAAGGUAAAACCCGUUCUGCAAAAAUAAAAGGCUAUCCAAAAGUAGGAGAUGGGAAACAUAAUCUUCUACAAGUACUGGCACAACAACCGAUUACACUUGGUCUCCUUUUUUGGCAGAGUUUUAAAAGUUACAAGAGUGGCAUAUUUGGUAACCUACCAAUUAAGGAAACGAUGGAUAUUUCGCAUUGA